GCUGGGCUUCUGGCCACGGCUGCGGGAGCUGCAAGAGCGGUUAGCCGUGGAGCGGCGGGCCGUGCCCGAAAGAGCGGGAAGGCGCGAGGUGCCCAGGCAGCUUCGACGCCGGGUUGGCUCGUCUUGCUCCAGUGCCUCCCGAGCGGCGGAGCGCCACGCAGCGGGCAAGAAGCCUGCUGGGUGGGUCUCCCACCUGCUGACGACCAUGGCCGGGUCCGAGCAGGACGGCGGCACCGGAGAGGCGCCGCUACCCUUCGAGGACGCCGAGCUAGCGCUGGCUGGGAUCAAUAUGCUGCUCAACAACGGAUUCCGGGAAUCCGACCAGCUCUUCAGGAAAUACAGAAACCAUAGUCCUUUAAUGAGUUUUGGAGCCAGCUUUGUCAGCUUUUUGAAUGCCAUGAUGACGUUUGAAGAAGAGAAAAUGCAGCUGGCAUGUGACGAUUUAAAAGCUACCGAAAAAUUAUGUGAGAGUGAAGAAGCAGGAGUCAUAGAAACAAUAAAAAAUAAAAUUAAGAAGAAUGUUGAUGGGAGGAAGGCUGCCCCAUCCAUGAUGGAUCGAUUGCAGAGGCAAAUCAUUGUGGCAGACUGUCAAGUUUACCUUGCUGUGCUCUCUUUUGUAAAACAAGAAUUAUCAGCUUAUAUAAAAGGUGGGUGGAUCCUUAGAAAAGCUUGGAAAAUCUACAAUAAGUGCUAUUCAGACAUUAAUACACUUCAGGAAUUAUAUCAGAAGAAGAUAACUCAGGAAUCUUUGACUUCUGAUGCUACAAAUGAUAAUCAUAUUGCUGCAGAAGGUGUUACAGAGGAUUCACUUAACAGACUGAAAGGUGCUGUUAGCUUUGGAUAUGGACUUUUUCAUCUUUGCAUAUCCAUGGUGCCCCCAAACCUGCUCAAAAUCAUCAAUCUGCUGGGUUUUCCUGGAGACCGCCUGCAGGGGCUUUCUUCAUUGAUGUAUGCAAGUGAAAGUAAGGACAUGAAGGCCCCUUUAGCUACGUUAGCCUUGCUGUGGUACCACACAGUGGUUCGCCCUUUCUUUGCUUUGGAUGGCAGUGAUACCAAAGCAGGAUUGCAAGAGGCUGAAGAGAUUCUUCAGAAAAAAGAAGCUGCUUAUCCAAACUCAUCUCUCUUUAUGUUUUUCAAAGGCAGAAUACAGCGUUUAGAGUGUCAAAUCAACAGUGCCUUGACCUCCUUCAAUACUGCUUUGGAACUUGCAACUGAUCAGAGAGAGAUUCAGCAUGUCUGCCUCUAUGAAAUUGGCUGGUGUAGCAUGAUAGAAAUGAACUUCAAGGAUGCUUUCGAAUCAUUUGAACGUCUUAAAAAUGAAUCAAGAUGGUCACAGUGUUAUUAUGCCUACUUAACAGCAGUGUGUCAAGGAGCUACUGGUGAGGUGAACGGUGCACAGACUGUUUUCAAGGAAGUCCAGAAGCUUUUCAAAAGAAAAAACAACCAAAUUGAACAAUUCUCAGUCAAAAAGGCAGAGAGAUUUAGAAAGCAAAAACCAACCAAACAACUUUGUGUAUUGGCAUCCAUCGAGGUACUAUACUUAUGGAAAGCCCUUCCAAACUGUUCAUUCACCAAUCUACAGCACAUGAGUCAAGCUUGCCAGGAAAUUGAGGAUUCAACGGUUGUUGGUUUGAAGAACUUGCUACUUGGUGCCAUACAUAAAUGCUUAGGAAAUGCUGAAGAUGCUGUUCAGUUCUUUCAAAGAGCCCUUAAAGAUGAAAUCUGUCGCCAGAACAACCUGUAUGUUCAACCGUAUGCUUGCUAUGAACUUGGCUGUCUUUUAUUAGAAAACCCUCAGUCUGUCCCAAGAGGUAAAGUGUUACUGCUUCAGGCAAAGGAAGAAUUCACAGGGUAUGAUUUUGAGAACAGGUUGCAUGUUCGCAUCCACGCAGCAUUAGCCUCUCUGCGAGAAGUGGUCCCCCAGUGAUGAAGAGAAAGGCUCCCAUCUUUUCUUUUUCGACUUUUGCACUCUAAGGACAAAGCUGUCAGAAAGAUCAGCUUUCCUCUAGAAAACCUUCCUGUACAAGAGAUGUUUUCCUGAAGAUGCAAAGCUGGUGAUGGAAAAAUGUUAACAAUCUCAACAAUUAAGAACUCAGCCAAAAAGGUUAAAUGACCUUAGGCACAAACAACUGGUGAUUUCUCAUGCAUAUGUCCUUUUUAAAUUAGGGGAAGCUAGACAUUGUGUUCAAGCCCAGCCACACAGACAGGAGAUGGUGCUGGAGAAUUCCUUUGAAUAUUAAAAUCCUUUAGUUCCAAUGCUUAGAGAUGUCUUUUUUGUUGUUUCUUUUGUCAAGCUGGAGAUCAUAGCCUAUGGUUGUAUAAAUGAACCAACAAUGAGCACACUUCGAUUUUCUGUAUCAAUAUUGGCUUGAUUUCUGUUAUUUUCCCAUUUCUGAAUAGCUUAUCCAUUCUUUUAUAGAAAGGAACCCUUUUCAUGGAAACAAUACUAUAAAGUUGUUUCAGUAUGGUAUAGAAAUGAAUAGUUAUAUUCAAAAGCCAACUGAUGUGGAGCUGGAAAUUUGCCUGCUGCAUUUACAGCACAACAAACUUACUCACUUUUCUUGGUCAUUCAGAUAUAUGUAAAUAAUGAAAUCUGCUCCCAUAUUUAUUUUAAAUUAUGAGAAUAUAUUUAGAAGCUUUAUUUUUUAGCCAAAUGUUUAUUUUUUAAAUCCUUAAGCGUUGUGUUAAACAUUUGAUACCUAUUUAAAUGGUAGUGUGGAUAACUGGUUGUCAACAAGGGAUUUGUGGAUCACUCAUGUUGCUAAAAUGUAGGUUAAAUAUGAAAAACUUGCCUUCUGGCAUUUUAAACCUAUAGUAUCCCUUCUUCUGGUUUUAGAAUUUUAAAAAGAAUAUAACACAGUAGAAUUUUAUUCAAUUUUCUGACUUUUAAAGUAGUCACACAUUAUUUUAGUGUGUAUGUAUUUUUAAGGCAAAUAUUGGUUUUUAAAAAACAAUUUUUAGCAUAAUAGCUUUUCCUAUAUACUGUGAAGCUUUUUUUUUAUGGCAUUAAAGCCUUAUUUUCAAUUUCUGAAAUUUCUCUUUCACAACUCUGGAUUCUCACCUGAUCUGCUAAAUGCUUUAUCUUGUUUGUAGUUCACUUGAACAAACAAGCUCCAAAGAGCAUUAAGAGAAAAAAAAAUUACAGUUACAUUCACAAGGGCUUCCCUGUUCACUUUCCACAUUGGGUAAUGCUGUCAUGAGCACACACAGGAUAGUUCCUGUUCCUGUGUGAUGAACUCAGUGUUUGGAUCAUCAAUUGUGAAUUGGAACCAAAUGACCCUGUACAUCAUGUAACUGCUAAAUUGCAUAGCCUGUUUCUUGCUACUCUGCUCAAAAGUACUUAGCGGCUACUAAAUCUGUUGUGCUCUUUUUAAAAAAAUACUAUAUUCUGUGAACAAUUAACUUAAACUUGAUUGUCAAAUGUUCUUGAUUCUAUUGCAUUGGUGAUAUUUUGUUCUAAAUAUUCAGUUACCUGUUUUGUAUUUCAGUUUACAGACAUUGGUAUUUGUAGUCACAUUUCAGUGGAAACAAGGUAUGAUUGUCCAUACAAUUUGCCCUUUACAAACCAGGAAUUAUCAGAGAGACUGUGUUCUUCAGUAUGGUGCCCAUUCCAUAUCAUCAUCAUAAAAAUUACAUCAGAGCUGCUAUUUCUUGGUCUGAUUGUAAUCCUGAUUCUGGCCUUCUCUGUAGCAUCUCCAGACUUUUGGGACCUGCUCCCUAUUAAGAAAGGAGGAUUAAUGUAAUUUGCAGCCUUUAAUAAGGCUUUUAUACUCAACUGCCUUGUCCCUAACUAUUUUAAUAAUGGCAAUUUAUAUUUUUAUUUGUUUCAGUAUUUUUACUCCAGCAUUUUGAAAUGACUCUAAUUGGUUCACAAUCAUAAAAUAUCCAAACAAAAAAAGGAUAAUUAAAUACUGUAUAAAUUCUAAACCAGUUGUAUAAUUCUAAACUAGUUAAGUAAAUCAUUAGAAUGAAAAAAACAGAUAGGAAAUUUUAACAGGUAUAACUUUUGUCUUGCAAAUAAAGACAUCCAAGCAAGCAUUUUAAAUCCAAAAUAUCUUGCAAAAUCGUCUUCAUUAACUUUCUUAAAGAUAACAAUGCUCCAGGAUACUGUGAUCUACAGAUUUCUGUGGAGACGUUACUUCACAACAAUGGCAACCAUUGAGAUAGACUGUUUCUAGGAUCAUCCACAUCAUCUCCUGAGACAAAUAUGUGGAAUGGAUAGUUGCCAAGCAAAGCGUUUAGAGGCCAGAAACAGCAAUUUGAAUUAUCUUUUGAAAUUAAUUUGAAACAAUACAGUACCUGCAAAAUUGAACUUACGUGGCUAAAGUAGCUUUCACUUGUCAGCAGUUUUCUAGUAGUUUUCAGGGUAGCCCCAAAUAAAGUGCACUGCUAUUAUCUCAUUUGAAGGCAUGAGGGCACAAGCCACACAUGUCAAAACCUUCUGCUCCAAAAAGGGUCUCAAGUGGUGCAUCAGUCAAAGUGGAACAAAGGCCACGUCUUCUACCUAUGGAUCAUAUUGUGGCUAUGAAUUCAAAAAUCAUGAACCUACUUUUUAAAGUGGAAUGCAGCCCUAUCCACAGCCAAUAUAAUAAUCAACAAAGGACAAAUAGUUUCUGGAAUAGCAACACCUUACUCUUAUUGGACUUAAGUGUCAGCUUGUUUAAAUUGUCAAUCCCAUAUAGACUAGGGGCACCAUAUGGGGAUUACCAAGGCAUCAAUAGUUUGGCCUGAGAUUGAGUUUACACUAUAGAAUAUUAAUGUAUUGAUGGUACCUCAUCCAGAAAUGAUCUCUUCUACUGAUUCCAUAGAAAUGCUAAACACUGAGCCAAGAAUGGGAUGAAGUAAAUGAUCAAGAGCUACCUGAUCCUUAGCACUAAUGACUGAAGCUACCCCUACAGAAUGAAAUGGAACGUACCCCAAAUCCUAGCAGAUGGUCCAGAAGAAAAGCAUGGAGGGUAUGAAUGCUUUUGAGAGGUCUGUAGGAUCAGGAGAGUUGAAUUUUUCUGUCUGGAUCUUAACAAAGAUCAUCUACCAGAGUGUCCUAUACUGUUUUCAUCUUCAGUAAAAGGGAAGAUGAGUCUAGGUGGAAGUUAUGUAAUACAACAUCACUUCCUCUCAUCUCCCAGAAUUGUUGAUAAAUGAAUAGAUAAUCAAAGCAGAGCGAAAGGUUCCUCAGGAGAGCACAUCCAGCAUUCUUAUCUCUCAGUUUCAAGCUUGACUAGUUCCAUAGCAGAACUAUCUAUCAAAAAUCCAGAAGCGGCUACUGAAAAUGAUACAGUGUUAAGUGUUCAGGUAGCCCAUUCUAAUCAGUCCUUAGCCUUUCAGAUGUCACUCGUGCCAACAGGCAACAUAUUGACUGGGAAGUAAUCUGAUCAUGAUAAAAGACUAUUGCAAUAUUCUUCAUAACCUCAGCUAUCUGCUCUGGGGUGAAGAAAAAGGGAACAUAUGGAACUAACAUUCAUCAAUAGCAAUCUGAGGCCAAAGCGUCUUUCAAUCUGGCAUCCUGAUCUCAGGGAAAGGACAUUGAAGAAAGAGAGACAGACCAAGUGGACAAUCCCCCAUCUCUAGAAACAGCUUCUCAUUUCAUAGUUCCCAUUGCUCAUUAAUCUGGUAAUUUGCCUCAUCCUCACUCUCAGUGGGAUCAAGGGCCUAGCACCACCAUUGCUCUUUAGGAUCUUCCUAACAAGAAUUUCCUACCCCACCAACACCUGACAUGAACCAUCUGUCUGACUAAUGACACUUCUGGAUUAUUCUUCUUCAGAAUCCUCACAUCUAACUACAAAAUGAAUCUUGCAACCCUGAAGAAACUUGAAGCUGCCAAGUACCAACAACAGUUCACUCUCCCUGCUUAACUCACCCAAAGUUUACUUGCCUCCAAUAAUUGCUUGUCCCAAAAGUUCCUUACUCAGAUAUAGCAUAUUCUAGUCAGAAUGCUAAACAUUCACCAGAUUCUUGGACAGUCAAGUUUAAUCAUCAUUUUAAAUCUGGUUUUAGCAGCAGUCUUAUCUACAUAUUUAUGAGACCCAAGGGGCUUUUGAGUGCCCAAACCCAAAGCAACCCCAGCCAUCCUGCGUUUGGAAAUUUAGGUAGCUAAAAUAAGAAAAAAAUCAUUGGACGACAAGAAUAUAGGAUGGGAAGUCUGUGUAAUUCUGAAAAUAGUUUUGAUCAGCUGCAAUUUAUAGAUAUAUAAUAUCUCCGCAUUUUUUCUGCAACAGUUUCUUAUUGGUAUAAGCAAUUUUUUUCAACAUGCAGUCUUUUACAAAACAAAUUGCUAAAUAGAAAGAGGCCCUCAUUAUAGGGUUAUAACAAAAUUUCCUAAAUGACUUGUGAUUACGUGCCAGCAAAGGUGUUUGCCGAGUAUGGUGAAAAUAUUCAAAGUGGCAGCCAUGGUGGUCUGAUCAAAGAUCCACUUGUUUUUAUAGGUGCUGGCUGUGAAUAAAAAUGGGUGAAACUUUGACUGCAGCUUCAUAGUUGCCCUUUUUGAUUUUUUUUUUAAACCAUACCCUGCAAAUACCCCUGCAUGCCAGGAAAUGUGUGAACAAGAUAAAUUUGCAAAACUUGUAUACUCUGAUUUUGGACCCAUUGGCUGGUUUCUUCAAAAACCACAGUUUUAUAGAGCCAGUGUUAUCUGGCCAUGGAUAUGCUUCUGUCACCAUGUAUGUUCUGAGAUGCAUUAAUCUUGCAAGCAAAAUGGCUGUCUGGUAUAUAAACAGUAGCUUUCUGCUCCAUCCAUCCAUGUAUUCCCGCUCCUACUAUUACUUUUCCCAUAUAUACCUUCUAGAAGAAACCUCUUGUAAACAUGAAAGGUAUUUUUAUAUUAGAUGAUGCUGGUGAUGAGAACAAUCGUGACUGUAUUUUAUGUAAUCUGAAUGUUUUUAUACUUUAUAGCUCGGAGGCAUGAUCUAAUGGCAAUAAUAGACUAAGCAUCUCAUAGGUUAAUAUAUAUUUUAAGAAUUUUACCAAGGCAGAUAUAUUUUUGUUGUUGAUACUUUUUACUGCAUCGGUGAAUAACUUGAAGUUUUACAUGUCACUUUAGAUUGUUUGCUAUAAUAUACUAUAAGUCUCAUUUAUUUAAACAUUUAAAAAAAAUAUUUCUGGUUAGUUAAAUUAAAAUUUGAUAUUUUCCUGUUUUAAUGUCUUGAACCAGGAUGAGUAACAUGAUUUUCUUCUGAUGUUGUUGUCCUCCAACUCCCAUCAGAUGUAGCUAAGAAGGGUAAUUGUGAGGGAUAAUGGGAGUUGCAGUUGAAAAAAAAUUGGGAGGGCCACUCUGGCCUAUAACCAGGAAGGUUUCUGAUUUCAAGUUAUUGCAUGUUUUUCAGGGAUUAAAUAUUUAUGAAGGCGAAUUCUUACUUAUGGCACCAAUUAAUGUUGCACAGAAGAAGCAUAGAAUGUAUCCUAAUACUGUAAUAAUCCUUGUUUAAAGUAGCAGAAAUGGCUCUUUUCAGAAUAGAGGAAAAGCAGGGAGAAUCUACGGAAAAAAAUCUACUUUUCCUGAUGCUUUUUUUCCCCACAGGAAACUAUAUGAGCAUGGUAAAGACUCUUCUCCUAACAUUGGUAAGAAAGCAGCAGGGAGAGAGGUUUGGAGUGAGGAAAAUCUCUUUUUCUCUCCCUCUCCCUCCCUCCGUCCCUCCUUCCCUCUCUCUCUCUCUAUCACACACACAAACACACACACACACACACACACACACACACACACUGAUAACAUAUAAAUCUCAAUUCUUCAGGACACUGAGUAGACCCAAAUCUCUGUUGAAAUGGUAAACUUAUGCCUAGCUGUGUAACUUGAAUUCACAUGUAGGGGAUUUGUGAGACUGGAUUAUUCUUCUAGGUAGAAAAUUAUUUCACUAUAGUUUCUAACAAUAGGAUUCUUCUUCCUAGUUUUUUAUGUACAGCCAGGCACUAACUGAUCAU